CAGGCAGCGACAACCAGGAAGUACCGCCGCGCGUCCUUCAGUGCUGCCCGGUGCUGCUGAGAGUCUUGUUGUUGUAGCAGCAGCAGCAGAGUGCAUGUGCUUCCUCUGGUUUCAUGGAGUGACAGGAGCAAACAGCAGCGGAGAGAGGAUUCAACCUGCCACUCGACUCAGGUAGAGAUGCCGGCUCCGAGUUCAUCAGAGAGAAAGGCCUGCUGGGAUGCCAGGGACCUGCUGUGGAAAUGUCUGGAUGACAAGGACGACAACGCUGCAGCCUGCCAGAACUUCCAGAAGGAAUUUGAGGCAAAUUGCCCUGCACAGUGGGUGAAAUAUUUCACCAAGAGGAGAGACUACUUGAAAUACAAGGAGAAGAUGCAAAAUGAAGGCUUCAUACCUGCCAAAGGCCCCCAACAGCCCUCCUAACAACUGGAGAGCCGACAAUCUGCAGACUGAAUGGCUUUAGCCUCAUUCACACACGUUCAGGACUGGGGGAGCAGUUUUGUUAUUUAUUGUAUAGAGAAAUAAGGUGCAGCAGGACAGCAUACAGAAAAAUAACUCUAAAUGAGAGCGACGUGUGGCAUCACUCACACUGAGAUACUUUGUAUGAAAGGAAACCACAGGAAAGGAAGAGGGAAAAGAUCCACAAUAAUUGAGUCAAGUGGUCUGAAAAUGAUUUGUUCUUUUGUCUGGGUGGACAAACUUGAAAUUUUAAAUGAAUUCUGAUUAGUUCUGAUAAACGCAGGCCUUACAUAUAUCUGGAUGUACAGUACACACUCAUAAUGGAUUCUUUGUCAGCACUCAUCAACAUGAUUUUUCUGUUAUUGAAACCAAAACGUGUGUAGUUCUGUUGUUUGGGUUGACGUUUUUUUGCAGUCAAAUACAUACUUAGCCUUAAUAAUUCCUGAUCAAGGUUUUUAUUCUGUGACAGGAUCAAAUCUGAUGUGUUUUUCUGUGAAUAAAUAAAAAGAAACUCAUUGUUUGA